AUGUCAGUCGAAGAUCCACGAUAUGCCAUCGAUCAUCUGCUCGAAGAUGAUAUCCACCAUAGCCUGGAGACCCUCCACAAGGCGCUUCGCAAGCAAUUUCGCGACUGCAAGAAUGGCCACCUGCUUAACUUAAAACUGGACGGCUUCUUUCAUGAGAGGAAUGACUCAUCCAACAGCUGUUUUGACCUUUUUAUCUCUGCGCAGCAUUACUGUCACCCUCCUACUUGGGUACGCAUGAAGGCAGCCUUCAUUCGACAAUUGAAGCAGCCUCUGAGCGAUCGUGCACUGUGCAGUCGGAUCAGCUCGGCAGCAGAACGAAGGCUCUCGGUGAACAUGCAUUUGCAACAGACCCGAGUGCGAAGCCCACACUCAACGGCGCCAGAACCGCGUGAUACCAAGAAUAUAUCCCGUUAUAUGAUAGCAUUGGGGCCCGAUGGACCAGCUACCACAAUAGCACCCAUGAGAAGCCUGGCGCAAGUCUUCAAAUUGCCAAAUGAUUUCCGCUGGUGCUCCGGUAGCGACCUCGAGCCACAAAUAUACUUCUCCCGAGAUCCUGCGACAGGCGAUCUAGCGAACAUCACAGAAGCCCUCGUUUCAUGCCACCUCGACAACGAAGAACUGUCGCAAGAGGAGCUGGAGCUUAACGGCGAUAUGCAGCUUCUCCAUUUGGCAAAGGUUCUGAUGGAAGUACAGCUGCAGGAAAAAAUUUGCUUGAAACAUGGGCCCAAACGGAUGUCGCUAGAAAAGUUCCGAAUCAAACUGGUAGAGUUGGCCGCAAGCACACCUUAUUUCACCCACCGCGAUAAUGAUUUCAGCGUUCUUGUCCUUUGUCAUGGAGAAAAUUAUAGAACCGCUGAGAGCAUGGGCUGCCUGGGCAAGUCUCGCUGCACCGACCGCAUACAACGCAAAAAGACUGUGAAUUCACGAGAAGCGGUAAAGGUAUUCUACGAAGAAUUGACUAAAUUCCAUAGAAAAUACUUGGAGAAUAUCGUCGACUCGCACGGGGCACCAGAAGCGCCGCACCUCCGACGAAAAAUCCGUGUCGCUAUUAUCGACAGUGGCGUUUCAAAGGAGGACUUGUUCAUCAAGCAGUACAUGAAGAGAGGGAGCAUUGCGCAGAUGCGGAAUUUCACCUCGCCGGACAUAAACGACUGCGAGGAUUCAAGUGGUCACGGCACUGCUGUCACCAAGAUUCUCCUCGAGGUUGCACCUCAUGUUGAAGUUUACAUAGCCAAGGUGACGAAUACACUGGAAAUCUCUAGUUUUGGAGCGCUCUGUAUAGCGCAAGCCGUCAAUUACGCAGUGCAAAUGUGGGACGUCGAUAUCAUCAAUAUGUCACUUGGGCUGGAUGCUAAAGAGCAAGAUAUUGACGAGGCGCUGAGGCAUGCUUUGCAGGCAGAGCUUACCAGCACAUCAGGCAAGAUAGUAGUUGCGGCAGCCGGCACGAAUCGUGGCGCGAAUGAGACUCCCGCCUGGCCAGGCAUCAUGCUGGGCGUCAUUGCGAUCCAUGCCACCGACGGAUUUGGAAAACUGGUAAACUUCAACCCUCCCACUCAGGGCAUCCGCUUCGGCACCAUGGGGCUCAAUGUGAAGGUGGAGGAAGAGAGUUUGAACGGCGACUUUGAGGAGUUCUUCGUGUCGGGGACCUCCUACGCCACGCCUGUUGCGGCUGGUUUUGCCGCAAACAUAUUGGAGAUUGUACGACACCGAUUUCCAGACCUCACAGAAGCCAGAAAGAUGAAGGCUUACAGCGGAGCUUGUAUGGAGAAAAUCUUUGGCGAGAUGUCGGUGCCUGUUGGCGACUGCAAGUUUGUUCAGCCUUGGUCUUUCUGGAAACAUGUGGUGGAUGGCAAGUGUGAGUGGAGGGGAAACUUUUUUCCCGAGGAGGACGAAGAGAACAUGAUUGAGCUGCUGGGUAUGAUGUUCUGA